GCUCGUUGUUCUGUCCAUUUGGUUGUCUGCGGGCAUCCGCUCCCGCCCAGGUCCUUGAGAGAGCGGCCGGCAUGCAGUGGAGCUUCCUGCCAUCGCUACGACUCGGACUCAGAGCCAACAUCGCUCCUCUGCACACUAGCGCACCGAGAACAUUGCGGUGUUCGUUUCGACAAAUAAAUAGGCCUAUCUGGCAGGCCAGCGGUAUAAGAAGCACGCUCACAUUUCACACCAUGUCCUCGUCGCUCGAAGGCGCUCUCGAACCCCCAGUAAAGAAGCAGAAAAUGGAGGAGGAUCGCAAGGUGAUCGGGACGCACAACGGGACCUUCCACUGCGACGAGGCUCUUGCGGUGUAUCUGCUCAAAAGGACGAAGAAAUACGGUAGCGCAGACCUCGUUCGUACCAGAGACCCGGCUCUCCUCGAUACGUGCACGAUCGUGGUCGAUGUUGGCGGCGUAUACGACGAGAGCAAGCAGCGCUUCGACCACCACCAGCGAGGCUUCCAGGAGGUGUUCGGGCACGGCUUCAACACCAAGUUGUCUUCUGCGGGUCUGGUCUACAAGCACUUUGGCAAGGAAAUCAUCGCCAACAGGCUGCAUGCUUCGCCUGAAGAUGAGAAGGUACACACCCUGUGGCUCAAACUCUACAAGGAAUACAUCGAGGCCAUCGACGCUAUCGACAACGGCGUCAACCAGUACGACACAGACCAGAAGCCAAAGUAUCGCCUCAGGACGGAUGUCUCCAGCAGGGUCGGUUUCCUGAACCCAGCCUGGAACGAGCCCUUCGACUCGAACACAGUGGAUGCCAGAUUCCUGCAGGCCUCUUCGCUUGUCGGGGAUGAAUGCAUUUCCAGGCUUGACUACUAUGCCAAUGCUUGGCUGCCCGCCCGCAACCUCGUCGCGGCGGCGAUUCACCAAGCGAGGAGUGCGGAUAUCUCGGCGGGCGGCAAGAUCAUCGUCUUCGAGCAAUUCCUACCGUGGAAGGAACAUCUCGCCGAUCUCGAGGAAGAGCUAGCAACCCCCGCCGAUUCUCAGGCGAUCUACGUCCUUUACCCGGACGAGACGGCGCACAACUGGCGCAUCCAAGCCGUGCCCCUCGCGCCCGACAGUUUCGACAGCCGCAAGGCCCUGCCCGAGGUGUGGAGGGGUCUCCGCGACGACGAGCUCUCCAAGAAGUCCGGCAUCGACGGCGGCAUCUUCGUCCACGCCAGCGGCUUCAUCGGCGGAAACAAGACGAAGGAAGGCGCCCUGCAGAUGGCUCAGCGCGCUCUCAAGAUGUGAAAUGACAGUGCAAUACGAAACGAAAGAAAGAGUGCCGUGACGACGCUUGCUGCAUCUUGCGGAUGCGGGAUGUUACGAAAAGUAACAUAGCAUACACAUGUAAUGUGUAUACUGAACAAGGGGCUAAGCCCCGUAAUGGGGCUUCUCGCCGGGUGACAGGGCGACGUCGACGAGUUGUCAAUGCACUGUCGUCUUCUGGUCGUAUUCCGAGAGUGGAACCAUGUACAGUACCGUAGUAAUUGACACCCUGGGCUGGGUCGACUCACAGCCAGGGACCUAGAGCAACAUCUGUGUUUCAAAGUUCA